AUGACACAACUAGCUCGCUCACUGAUCUUACUGAUCGCACAAGCCCCUGACGAAGCCAUAGAUAUUCCAGACGCCGCGUUUUACGACGCCGCCAAUUCGACACCGGAGGAACUUUAUGCCUUAUGGCAGGACGUCACGGAAAUAUAUAAUGAGGCUGCCGAGGCUGAGGAACAUGGGCAGGAUGAGAAUGCUUGGGGCUCUGGAGUAAUCCAGGCAGUCCUCCAAAGAGGCGUCAAGCGCCGUAUUCUUCAAGUGAAAAACGUACAAACAAAGAAUAUCGACCCCUGUCUUCUCCCACGCCUACCGCACAAGAAUGCAGUCAGCAAGAAGGUUGAUUACACAUUUGCAUUUUCCGUCCGAGACCCGCAAGUGAAGGAAACCUACAACAACUUUUGGAACGCUUUUCCAGAUCAAACAGUCAGCCAGACCACAGACCCCUUUACAAAGCGUGUUGCUCUCUUUUCAGGCAUUGAAGUGAAACAAUCAAAUGGCGGUAACACGGAGGCACUGGUGCAACUUGCUAUCUGGUUGGCUGCUGGGCUGGAGAAGUUGUCACGGUUACGGGAUCUCCACGGGGAGAAAUCAGAUAGGAGCUCUUACCAGGCAUCGGAUGGACAAGGUUGCUUUGAAGGGCAAGACAGAAUCUAUGUGGACGGACCCGUCGAAAGCCUCAGCGCCAGUACACGCACAUACUACGGGAUUUUCAAGCUAAUAAAUCUUGUUCACAAGCUGUCAUUAUAUGCCGAAGAGGUGUAUUGGCCGUGGAUGAAAUCAGAUAUAUUGACACGCACCCAGUCGUGA